CCUCCUCCAAUGUCUGAUUAAAUCCCUUCCUUCUCACACACCCAGCAAUCUCACACUACAGGAAUCCCUCUCUCCUUUAUUUAUUUGAUUUAUUUAUUUUUAAAUUCCUGCUUAAAGGUUCUUGCUCAUCCUUACAAAUAUCACAAAAAAACUUUAGAUUUUAAUCUAAAAAAACAACAGAACCACCCAUAAAAAUCCCUUAUUCAAAUGAAGGAUAUCAUAUGGCAUUUAUAAGUAUCAUAUGAUUUGUAGAAGUAAAUGAAAUCACACUUUUAAGAUAACUAAGAAGAUUUAAAGGGAAAUGAUUGUACGCGACUAAAGCUUCUUGAGAGUUGGAUAAUGGAUUUGACUGUAUAACUCUUAUCAGCACUGGAUGAAAGGAAUACAAAGAAGCUAACUGUGAUGAUAAAGAUUGUCCGGUGAAAUUUCCAACAAACCUCAUCAUGCCCCCUGGAGAUUCCUCCCCCAAAACAAACCAAGAACAUUUCUAGGAUAAUCAUUGAAAAGGUUAAGUGUGGAUCUAUCAAAAGAGUGAUGGAGGUCCCAGAUUGGAAGGUUCAUCUCCUGGAAAGGAGGAGAAAGGAAGAAGAGGAAAUGAAGAGGAAGGAUAGGGAAGAAGAGGAGCGGCUCUCCAAAAUGCCUGCAUGGAAAAGAGAGAUUAUCCUACGAAGGAAGGCUAAAGCUGAGGCUUCGAUGUCUGGAAAUAAAGAGGAGGUGGAUUUAGGAGAACAGGAGGAGAAAGAGAAGGUCGAUAAUGGAGUACAAGAGGAAAAAGAAACUCAUGUGUUGAUGGAAAAAAUUGGACCCGUACUGCAAAACCCUUUUAUCCAACUGGAAAAGCAAAGGAGGUCCCCUGAGCCUUCUUAUGGAAGGCCAAAGUCUUCUCCAGAGUCACCUGUACUUCGCAGCUCAAGGGCAGAGGAUUUAGUCAGGGACCCCAAUCCCCAAAGAGAGGAGGAGGUGCAAGAAGGUCCUGUUGAGGACUCAUCACCCGCUACUGAGGACCGGCGGGGGAGGGUGAGUAGGCUGCUCAGCCGAUUUGGCCAUCCAUCAAUAGAGGGGGAGAGUGGGUUAUCACGAAUAAAUGGAGAGGUGGAAAUGACAGCUCAGGCUUUACACUCCUCAUUGAAAGUGGCUGAACAUGAAAUUAAAGUAUCAACUUCCCUUGCACCACCUUCUCAGCCUCCUCCUUUCUGCCCUCAAAUUGCCAUGGGAAGUCAGAACUCAGCUCAGGAAACCACUCUCUCCUCCUCCUUAUCCUCUUCCCCUUCUUGUUCUGACAACGAGCCAUACAUGCUCUCAGCUUCCGUGAGCAUGAGUGGAUUCAACGCAAGGCAUAGCGCUGGAGAGGAAGCCAAACAAUUUCCUUUUAACCUGAGGCCAGCUUCACCAGCUGCUUCCAGGCAAUCAAAAUUGACUGCUCAGCCUUUGUCAGCUCCUGCCAGACCUAACACUGUUAUACAUAACACAAUUAAAGCAGAGACAGAAGAAGAUGGAGGACAGAGCCUCAGUAAGGUUGUUUCCCCUCUACAGGGGACGCCAAAAAAAGGGAAUGUAGAGAACCAGGCCAUGCAGAGAAGAAAAGGCAACACCAUUACCGUUAACCCACGCAAAAUGGUUGUAUGUGAGAAUGGUUUUGUUGCCACAGAGACAAAGACCCCAUCACCCAAAACAGAGACUGGUAAGAAGCGUUAUCCAACAGUUGAUGAGAUUAAGGUGAUAGGAGGGUACCAGGCACUUGGGAAGUCCUGUCUUGCAAAGCACGCCAGGGACAAAAAGAAGAUGAACAUCUCAUUUCCUGAGUCGGAGCUAGAGUGCACCUAUGAAUACCCCUCUGAAAGUUCCCUCCUGUUAGAGUUUGGACCUCCGGAAGAACCAGAAGCCACUGUGCCUUCUGCUCAACCUGAAGAGGAUGAAGAGGAGGAAAGCGCUCUCCUGGGGAGUAUCAUGAGGAGGAAAGCACUGAUUGUAGAUGAGUCUUGUAAGCGCUGAGAGGUCAUCACAAAGUCCUUUGGGUACCAAGCACCAGUCACCUGUACAACUAGUCACUUAUUAAGUGACAACAGUUAAUACUCUCAAUCCAGCACCUUGUUUAUGGUUUCCAUUGUGAAUCCAGCGGUGAUCACAUUCUGAACUAGAAAUGGUGGCUAGUUAAUUACAGUAGUGGAACAAGUAAACAUUAUCAGGUAUAAUGGUUAAUUCUACAAUGUUAACCAGUAGUGGUUACUUCUUGAACUGGAUUAAGUUUACAAUUGUCAGUAGUGAUGAGUAUCACUGGAACUGGUUAGUUUUACCAGUAGAACUGGUUAGGGUUCAUACUCAAACAGUUGAGCUAGUUAAUAUAGAUAGUUAUCUCUGAAGCUAGUUCAUUUUAUUAGUGUAAAUAGUAACAGUUAACUAGUCUUUUUAUACACACAAAAACUAGCUAGUGAGAGAGUUGAAGAAAUUGAUUGUAUUUGAGAAAUAAAAACACAAAAACUAAUAACGAUGUAUGAGGUAGUAAAAUAGCACACAAUUGGCUUUUUGUUGCACAACAAUAUGCAAAAUGUUCCUAUGGAUAUCUGGUCUAAUAGUAAUCUAUACUGUAACUAGCUGUAGUUAGAUUUAACAGUGACCAACCACUAAACUAAUUCUCAAUAUCGUUAUUUUCCUUAAUUUAUUAGCAACUAAACAAGUAAUACAUACUGGUGUAUUUAAAAUGAAACUAGUUAUUGUUACUUAUCUCUUAGCUAGUUAACAAUGUUGGUAAAACUAAUCAGUUUCUUGCUGAACUAGUUAAAGGUACUGGUAAACUAGUUAAUACUCUGGUAAACUUAUUCGCCAGUGCUUGUUACAAAGCGCCACUGAACAAAAGGGCAUACUGGUUCAAACUAAGUCUUAAUACUGGUUGAACCAAUUAGUAUUACCAGUGAGUAUUUUAUCUACAACUCAUUUGGAUUUUUUUUAAUAUACUUUUUAAUAAUUUUAAUUUUGUAAAGAAAUUUGUGUUAGGAGGAAAAAAAAAACAACAACAAAAAUAUUCACCAGGGUUGGCACUCCCUGUAAUUUUCUGAAGUGGACAAUGUUUUUGCUUUUAUGAAAGAAACAUUUUUUUUCCCCCCACAAAAGGUGUUUUUUUUACUACAAAAAAAUUUGUGUAUAUAUGUUGCCAUAUUUCUUACUAGCGAAUGUUUCUGGAACUUGAGUUCUUAUCUGCAAGGACAGAUAAGAAAUCAUCAUAGCCCAGACGGGGCAUAUUUGCUUCAACAAUGCACUGUGUUUUGCACUUAUUUUAAAUAUUUUAAUAUUUGUGUGUGUUUUAUAUCUGUAUCUUAUGGGGGGAUUAAUAUUUUGAAAAUGGAUGUCAAAGCCCCUUAAACUGUGUUUGCUGUCUGAUAUACCAGGUAUGAGUAUGACCUAUACAGUUAAAGUGUGUAUUUUUCAUCAUUGUACAGAUACUCUGCAUCUUUAUACACCACAGCAUAAAUGCCUUCUGUGCAGCACUUUCAUUAUCAGUGAAUAGAUGUACAGCGUCAUUAUACAUUACAACAUGAUAAUUCAAAGUGUAUAGAUAGUCACAUUUUUAUACAAUGAACUGUGUUGAUUGUCAGUGUAUAGAUAUCAGUAUACAGUGCAGCAUGUUUAUUAUCAGUGUAUAGAUACUUAUUAUCAGUAUACAGUGCAGCAUGUUUAUUAUCAGUGUAUAGAUACUCAUCAUCAUUAUACAGUGCAGCGUGUUCAUUCUCAGUGUAUAGAUACUCAUCAUCAUUAUACAGUGCAGUGUGCUCAUUAUCAGUGUAUAGAUACUCAUCAUUAUUAUACAGCGCAGUAUGUUCAUUAUCAAUGUAUAGAAACUCAUCAUCAUUAUACAGUGCAACGUGUUCAUUAUCAGUGUAUAGAUACUCAUCAUCAUUAUACAGUGCAGUGUGCUCAUUAUCAGUGUAUAGAUACUCAUCAUCUUUAUACAGUGCAGUGUGCUCAUUAUCAGUGUAUAGAUACUCAUCAUCAUUAUACAGUGCAGUGUGCUCAUUAUCAGUGUAUAGAUACUCAUCAUCAUUAUACAGUGCAGUGUGUUCAUAUCCGUGUAUAGGUAUUUAUCAUCAUUAUACAGUGCAGUGUGGUCAUUAUCAAUGUAUAGAUGCUCAUCAUUAUUAUACAGUGCAAUGUGCUCAUUAUCAGUGUAUAGAUACUCAUCAUCAUUAUACAAUGCAGUGUGAUCAUUAUGAAUGUAUAGAUACUCAUCAUCAUUAUACAGUGCAGUGUGCUCAUCAGUGUAUAGAUACUAAUCAUCAUUAUACAGUGCAGCGUGUUCAUUCUCAGUGUAUAGAUACUCAUUAUUAUACAGUGCAGCAUGUUUAUUAUCAGUGUAUAGAUAUUCACCAUCAUUAUACAGUGCAGCAUGUUCAUUAUCAGUGUAUAGAUACUCAUCAUCAUUAUACAGUGCACUGUGCUCAUUAUCAGUGUAUAGAUACUCAUCAUCAUUAUACAGUGCAGUGUGAUCAUUAUUAGUGUAUAGAUACUUAUCAUCAUUAUACAGUGCAGUGUGAUCAUUAUCAGUGUAUAGAUACUCAUCAUCAUUAUACAGUGCAGUGUGAUCAUUAUCAGUGUAUAGAUACUCAUCAUCAUUAUACAGUGCAGUGUGAUCAUUAUCAGUGUAUAGAUACUCAUCAUUAUACAGUGCAGUGUGAUCAUUAUCAGUGUAUAGCGACUCAUCAUCAUUAUACAGUGUAGUGUGAUCAUUAUACAGUGCAGCGUGUUCAUUAUCAGUGUAUAGAUACUCAUCAUCAUUAUACAGUGCAGUGUGAUCAUUAUCAGUGUAUAGAUACUCAUCAUUAUACAGUGCAGUGUGAUCAUUAUCAGUGUAUAGGUACUCAUCAUCAUUAUAUAGUGCAGUGUGUUCAUUAUCAGUGUACAUAUACUCAUCAUAAUUAUACAGUGCAGUGUGAUCAUUAUCAGUGUAUAGAUAUUCAUCAGCAUUAUACAGUGCAGUGUGGUCAUUAUCAGUGUACAGAUACUCAUAAUAAUUAUACAGUGCAGUGUGCUCAUUAUCAGUGUAUAGAUACUCAUCAUCAUUAUACAGUGCAGCAUGUUUAUUAUCAGUGUAUAGAUACUCAUCAUUAAACAGCGAAGUAUGCUCAUCAGUGUAUAGAUACUCAUUAUCAUUAUACAGUACAGUAUGAUCAUUAUCAGUGUAUAGAUACUCAUCAUCAUUAUACAGUGCAGUGUGAUCAUUAUCAGUGUAUAGAUACUCAUCAUCAUUAUACAGUGCAGUGUGAUCAUUAUCAGUGUAUAGAUACUCAUCAUCAUUAUACAGUGCAGUGUGAUCGUUAUCAGUGUAUAGAUACUCAUCAUCAUUAUACAGUGCAGUGUGAUCGUUAUCAGUGUAUAGAUACUAUUUAUCAUUAUAUAGUGCAGCGUGAUCAUUAUCAGUGUAUAGAUACUCAUCAUCAUUACACAGUGCAGUGUGCUCAUUAUCAGUGUAUAGAUACUCAUUAUCAUUAUACAGUGCAGUGUGAUCAUUAUCAGUGUAUAGAUACUCAUGAUCAUUAUUCAGUGCAGUGUGAUCAUUAUCAGUGUAUAGAUACUCAUGAUCAUUAUUCAGUGCAGUGUGUUCAUUAUCAGUGUAUAGAUACUCAUCAUCAUUAUACAGUGCAGUGUGAUUAUUAUCAGUGUAUAGAUACUCAUCAUCAUUAUACAGUGCAGUGUGCUCAUUAUCAGUGUAUAGAUACUUAUUAUCAUUAUUCAGUGCAGUGUGAUCAUUAUCAGUGUAUAGAUACUCAUGAUCAUUAUUCAGUGCAGUGUGAUUCAUUAUCAGUGUAUAGAUACUCAUCAUUAUACAGUGCAGUGUGAUCAUUAUCAGUGUAUAGAUACUCAUCAUUAUACAGUGCAGUGUGAUCAUUAUCAGUGUAUAGAUACUCAUCAUCAUACAGUGCAGUGUGAUCAUUAUCAGUGUAUAGAUACUCAUGAUCAUUAUACAGUGCAGCGUGUUCAUUAUCAGUGUAUAGAUACUCAUGAUCAUUAUACAGUGCAGUGUGAUCAUUAUCAGUGUAUAGAUACUCAUCAUCAUACAGUGCAGUGUGAUCAUUAUCAGUGUAUAGAUACUCAUGAUCAUUAUACAGUGCAGUGUGAUCAUUAUCAGUGUAUAGAUACUCAUGAUCAUUAUACAGUGCAGUGUGAUCAUUAUCAGUGUAUAGAUACUCAUCAUCAUUAUACAGUGCAGUGUGAUCAUUAUCAGCAUAUAGAUACUCACCAUCAUUAUACAGUGCAGUGUGAUCAUUAUCAGUGUAUAGAUACUUAUCAUCAUUAUACAGUGCAGUGUGAUCAUUAUCAGUGUAUAGAUACUCACAUCAUUAUACAGUGCAGUGUGAUCAUUAUCAAUGUAUAGAUACUCAUCAUUAUUAUACAGUGCAGUGUGUUCAUUAUCAGUGUAUAGAUACUCACAUCAUUAUACAAUGCAGUGUGAUCAUUAUCAGUGUAUAGAUACUCACAUCAUUAUACAGUGCAGUGUGAUCAUUAUCAGUGUAUAGAUACUCAUCAUCAUUAUACAGUGCAGUGUGAUCAUUAUCAGUGUAUAGAUACUCAUCAUCAUUAUACAGUGCAGUGUGAUCAUUAUCAGUGUAUAGCUACUCAUCAUCAUUAUACAGUGCAGUGUGAUCAUUAUCAGUGUAUAGAUACUCAUCAUCAUUAUACAGUGCAGUGUGUUCAUUAUCCGUGUAUAGAUACUAUUCAUCAUUAUACAGUGCAGUGUGCUCAUUAUCAGUGUAUAGAUACUCAUCAUCAUUAUACAGUGCAGUGUGAUCAUUAUCAGUGUAUAGAUACUCAUCAUCAUUAUACAGUACAGUGUGAUCAUUAUCAGUGCAUAGAUACUCAUCAUCAUUAUACAGUGCAGUGUGUUCAUUAUCAGUAUAUAGAUACUCACAUCAUUAUACAGUGCAGUGUGAUCAUUAUCAGUGUAUAGUUGCUCAUCAUCAUUAUACAGUGCAGUGUGAUCAUUAUCAGUGUAUCGAUACUCAUCAUCAUUAUACAGUGCAGUGUGAUCAUUAUCAGUGUAUAGAUACUCAUCAUCAUUAUACAGUGCAGUGUGAUCAUUAUCAGUGUAUAGUUGCUCAUCAUCAUUAUACAGUGCAGUGUGAUCAUUAUCAGUGUAUCGAUACUCAUCAUCAUUAUACAGUGCAGUGUGAUCAUUAUCAGUGUAUAGAUAUUCAUCAUCAUUGUAUAGUGCAGCAUGUUUAUUAUCAGUGUAUAGAUACUCAUCAUCAUUUUACAGUGCAGUGUGAUCAUUAUCAGUGUAUAGAUACUCAUCAUCAUUAUACAGUGCAGUGUGAUCAUUAUCAGUGUAUAGAUACUCAUCAUCAUUAUACAGUGCAGUGUGUUCAUUAUCCGUGUAUAGAUACUAUUCAUCAUUAUACAGUGCAGUGUGCUCAUUAUCAGUGUAUAGAUACUCAUCAUCAUUAUACAGUACAAUGUGAUCAUUGUCAGUGUAUAGAUACUCAUCAUCAUUAUAAAGUGCAGUGUGCUCAUUAUCAGUGUAUAGAUACUCAUCAUCAUUAUACAGUACAAUGUGAUCAUUGUCAGUGUAUAGCUACUCAUCAUCAUUAUACAGUGCAGUGUGAUCAUUAUCAGUGUAUAGAUACUCAUCAUCAUUAUACAGUACAGUGUGAUCAUUAUCAGUGCAUAGAUACUCAUCAUCAUUAUACAGUGCAGUGUGUUCAUUAUCAGUAUAUAGAUACUCAUCAUCAUUAUACAGUGCAGUGUGAUCAUUAUCAGUGUAUAGAUAGUCAUUAUCAUUAUACAGUGCAGUGUGUUUAUUAUCAGUGUAUAGAUACUCAUCAUCAUUAUACAGUGCAGUGUGAUCAUUAUCAGUGUAUAGAUACUCAUCAUCAUUAUACAGUGCAGCGUGUUCAUUAUCAGUGUAUAGAUACUCACAUCAUUAUACAGUGCAGUGUGAUCAUUAUCAGUGUAUAGAUACUCACAUCAUUAUACAGUGCAGUAUGUUCAUUAUCAGCAUAUAGAUACUCAUCAUCAUUAUACAGUGCAGCGUGUUCAUUAUCAGUAUAUAGAUACUCAUCAUCAUACAGUGCAGUGUGAUCAUUAUCAGUGUAUAGAUACUCAUGAUCAUUAUACAGUGCAGCGUGAUCAUUAUCAGUGUAUAGAUACUCCUCAUCAUUAUAAAGUGCAGUGUGAUCAUUAUCUGUGCAUAGAUACUCAUGAUCAUUAUACAGUGCAGUGUGAUCAUUAUCAGUGUAUAGAUACUCAUCAUCAUUAUACAGUGCAGUGUGAUCAUUAUCAGUGUAUAGAUAUUCAUCAUCAUUAUACAGUGCAGUGUGAUCAUUAUCAGUGUAUAGAUACUCAUCAGCAUUAUACAGUACAGUGUGAUCAUUAUCAGUGUAUAGAUACUCAUGAUCAUUAUACAGUGCAGCGUGAUCAUUAUCAGUGUAUAGAUACUCAUGAUCAUUAUACAGUGCAGCGUGAUCAUAUCCGUGUAGAUAGUAUCAUUAUUCAGUGCAGCAUUUUCAUUAUCAGGUUAACAAUAGUAAGAACAAUUAUAUAUUGUGGCGUUUUCAUUAUUGUUGUAUAGAUACUUAUCAUCAUUAUACAGUCUGCAGUGCUUCAUGUUCAUUAUCAGGUCAUACUCAUCACUGCUGUAUCGUACAGCUUGUCACUUUUAUAGGGAGGUGAUUUUUUUAUUCUUAUUUGUUUUGUUUUCUCAUCGCCAAGUAAGGGCUGUUGUUUGAAAAAAGGGAAUGGAAUGAAGUGAGGGAUUAUGGGAAGAUAAUGCUAAAUUGUUAUAAGAACAAUGAUAGGCUCAUCUACUUGUGACUGCAGUCUCAGAGUUGUAAACUGAGGUUAGGGGGAAACAAAUCUUAUAUGCACAAGCCAAAAAAACAAAACACAGCCCUCAUUUUGUUUUUAUUCUGUCAAUAAAUCAGUAUUCAUAAA